AUGACAGCUCUCAGCUCUUGGAAGCAACGAAAUCGCGGCAACAACAACAACUUAAAUAACAAACCAACAAUAAAGGCAACAACAAUAUUAAUAACAACGUGUGGCAGCAGGCACGUAUAUAAUCACCACUUGAUAUGCAUUUUCAAUUUGCGGCAAUGCACUCUUUCGCCAUUUGUAAGCGGUUCAUCAUCCGAGAAAAUCCCGUUUGUAUUUCUGCCAUUACGCGGCCAAAUCAUUUACCCCAGCAGAGAAAUCAGUUUUCCAGAUAUUCGUACGCCCGUAUGCGCAGUCACUGGUGCUCAAUAUCUGACCGUAAACGGUUGGUCAGAUCUACGGAAUCCAAUCGACACAGACUAUCCAUUUCGCAUGUUUCGCGAUGAGGGGCGUACUUUCUUGCAGUGGCUCGGUGAACCAGAUAUGCGCCACAAAAUGCAAGGCCGCCUCAUUGUCGUACAUUUAGUCUGCCGCGACAUGACAAUUUCGCUGAACGCCACCAUGAAAGAACAUAUAAUGCCGCCGAAGAAUGUCUUCUCGCCUUGUGUUGCAUUUCGUGUUAAUGGUACGCCAGUGAAAUACACUAAUAAUGUCUCGGAGGUGCUCUUCCAAUCGGAGGCAACUUCCACGCUAGCCUCCACUUCGGACGGCAUGUCGACGAAGGAGUAUAUGGUCAUUGGCGUUUGCAGCCUGUUGCUUGGCCUGAUUUAUGUCGCCUCGGUAUUCCUGUACCUGCACAUGAAGAAACGCAAAAGUCGCGAUCAAUCACCGCACAUGCGCAACUCACUCGACGACAGGGCCAAUGAAAUUAAUUACCCCAAGAACGACCAAGUGACUUUCGGUGCGCCAUUUAAUCGCAGCGGCAGCAUCUACUCAGUCACCAGCAUGGGCACCUCGAAUGAGCCACGUUCGCGUGCCAGCAUCGGCAGUCUGAAGGAAGAGAUGGGCAUCAUCAAGAACAAUCCGCUCUUACAACAUUUCCCGCAAUUGGGUGAGCAUAACUCGGGCUUUGCUAGCGAUAUUUCCAAUUCGAAUUCAGAGUGUGAAAUGGAUGACAGCUUCCAUGAAAAGCUCAAGCAGAUGCAAACAUCGGCGCUGGUGCAUCCGCAGUUGCAGAGCAUGGGAAUGGGUAUGGGCAAGACGCACAGCUCACCGAACAGUUCGCCGAAGAGCGCGAACGGGCAAUUGACUGCUGAACAAACGAACGAAAUAUCAUCGUCGUCGUCGUCCACGCAGGAGACGGAAUGCCUGCCGGUGGAGAAUGUUUCGAUAGUGGAGGAUAUGAUGACCGAAGAGAAGUUGGAGCAUUUGAGGCAGAUGGUUAAUGGUAAUGUGCGCAAGAAACUCUACUUCAACCCCGCCUACUUCGAGCCGCAUUUGCUGGCGCAACCGCCACCAGCCGCCCUUGAAUUUUUGCACAAAAUACGCGAGGUCAUUGCCAUCGCAAAAUACAAAAUGGCCACCAAACGCUAUCAACCCUCGCUCAUUAUGAUACCCGAGGAAGGUACGCUGCGCUCGGAUACGCCCUCAAUGUACAGCUCGCAACAGCAGCAGUCGCCUUCCGAGUGUCAAGGCUGUGCGAACAAUCGUUGCAGUGGCCAUGUGAAGAAUUGUGGCGAUAAGCGUAACAGCAUUGAAAAAUGGCUGCAGACGGUAACUGGCAAUGAAGAGAGAGGUGGUGGCAACGGGCACAAUGAGACAAAAAAUUCCGGCAGCGCCAACGAACAACAACAGCAAUCGAGGGGGCAACAUCAACAUAACGGCAACGGAAGUCGGCCGUCACCGAAAAGAGCCUCACCUCCGCACUGCAAUAGCGGACGUAAUCGCAGCGACCAACGCAGUCCGCUGCGUAAGGAGGUUACUCCGCCCAAGCAGCGCCCUCCACCACCACCUACGCCCACUGGUAGUUCCCACAGUGGCAAGGGAAGGUCUGCGCGCGAUUCUGGUGCAUCGCAUGAUAAUUCUGCGCAUGCCCACGAAGCUAGGCCAAGCAUUUCGUCAGUUUCUUAUCAGCUAUAUUGCACAAGUAUAACUACAGGUCCAUCAGUCACAAUACCUGUUAAUCGGGACUAUAGCAAGGCGUUUUCUGCACUUUCGGCUGCUGCCAAUUUGUACGGUUUCGCUGAGACAGGCAACGAGAUCUACAAUAAUCCCAAGUUUAUCCUCCACGACUCGCCACCUCUCUCACAGCGCAGCCGCAACUCAUCCUCGCAACGUUCAAAGUCUUCUUCUGCGCGAAAAAGGAGCGAAACUGUGGAUGUGUAUAAUCCACCUUUGCACAACCCUGCGGAUUCACGGCGCCGCGAUGUGCAACGCGGGGGUAAACAACUACCCGAUACAAUGUAUGAUGCACUCAAUCGUGAGUACAAUGCAGCUUUUAGUGCCACUAGCGGGUUCCAUUUGGACAUACCAACACCAGACUAUGAUAGCACAAUUGAGAAAAAAAUUAAAGACAUCUACAACAAUACGCAGAGUAGCGCGCCGUCGGUACCCACACCCGAUUAUAGCACCUUAAGUCGCAAAUCGCUCAAACAAUUUCAACCUGACUCUCCAAUUUAUAGACGGAAAUCGCCACAAUACCUCAUUGUUGACUACGAAACCGACAGCCUCGAGCGUCUGGAGGCAACCAAGCGCAAAAGCUCGCAGUCGUCCUCAUCGCCAUCCUCAGAUGUAAGUUCUCAGCUCAGCCCCAGUCUGAGCACUGCUCUGCCACUCGAAGAGGAGCUGGAAAUUAGCCACACUGUCUUCGACAAGUCAACUGGGUUUCGUCCGGAAUCUGAUUUAAAGAAGAAAACGCUAAGCAAGACCGACAGCAAUGGCAGCAAGCAGAAAGAGAUAGCCGCACGCAUCAAAUACGACACACCGUUUCUGGGCAGCAUGACCAUCGAAGUAGAGCACGAACCACAGUCGGAUAUCGAACGCUCCACCGAUAGCGAUCAGUUUGAGCCAGACACAUUGGAUCGCAAGCCGAAGAAGCAGAGCUUCUGUGACGUAAACGCCUGGUCAUCGGGGCAACCUUUGAAGAAAGUACAAAAUGGUGAGCAGCUAAAUAAUCACACACCGCUGCCGGCCAUUGCGACACACGAGCCACACAAAGGUUCUAAUUCACAACUGAAUUUAAACGCGUCGCCAUUUGUGUUGCGCUCGAACAGUUCUUUCCGCAGCCAGAGCAGUCAUGCCAGCGGUCAUUCAACGGCUUACGAGAGUCGCGUAGAGUUGCGUGGCGGCGAGCAAGUAAGUGACACAGACGGAGAGUGUAGACCUAGUUUUAGCAGCUUACGUGAGAUUUAUCAAUCGCCGUUGGUAAGGCAGAAUAGUCAAUCGAGUUGUAAAUGUGGUGGCCAGUACGCCAGCGCACAAGAACUGGAUAUAAAUGGCAGCGAUCAUGGACGCCUGCUAACGCUUGAGGCUAAGCAAAAGCGACGACAGCAGAUCGUUGAAUCACCAGUGCCACCACCACCCUCUGUAGAGAUCUCAAAUGCCGUACCUAAUAAGACAACUAUUAAAAUCAGUACACCGAAAGGACGACGCACGGCGGAGGCCGCUGUCGUUAACCCGCAAGUACACAACGGACGUCGGUCGCCUUCGCCGCCGUCACAGCCACAGCAUCUCAAGAACCGUGCCGUUUCGCCUAAAAUAUUCUACGAACUGACAAAAAACGUAAAAGCUCCGGCCACACCCACUCCCACACCGAGCCAAACGCACUCCCUUACCCCCAACAGCACAAUGAAGAGCACAGCUACCAGCAAAGCGUCAUCCUCUUGUGUGGCACCGAAGAAGCGUAUCAGUCGUUCACCUCCACCACAACCGCCUCCACCACCGCCCAGUUCCGUCUCCACCACGUUAACAAGUCAGCGGAGUCACGACUCCACGCAGCAAUCGCAACACAGUCACCACUACCAGAACCACAAUCACCACCACCACCAUCAUCACCACUAUGUACAUCAUUCUACCACCAGCACUAAUGCCACAACAACAGCCACGGAAGAGGAAACUACAAGCAAUCACAGCGAAUCCACCGAAAUCACAGGCGUAUCCGAUAACCUAGCUAAUUCCGAAUUUGGCGGCUCAUGCAACAACACGCUCUCGAGUGUAGCACAUGAAGAGCAGAAAUAUCGUAGAGAAUCAGACGACGAACAAGAUCAGGAGCAUUCAAACUGCCGGCGUAGCAGCGUCUGCAACGGCAACGAGAACACAAACAAAAGUUGUAACAAACUCCAUAGUGCCAAGCAAAUAGACUCACCACCGUCCAAGGUAAAGUCCAAACGCAUUGAAAGCGACUACGGACCGAUGUUCAAUACGCAAAUCAAUGGCUUACGCAGUGACUACAGCCUCACCAAGUACUUGAAUCGUCGGAAGACCAACGACACUACAGCAGAUGAACAGGACAACUGCAAUGACAUCGAGUCCCAGCUGGAGGCUAACAACAACUUCAAUAACACCAAAAAUGGUGAAAUAGAUACCAGCAAGCUGGAUCUUCACUCAAUCGGCUCGCGCUCGAAUCGUAGCAGUAGUCGACUCUCCGAUCGCACGAAGGAGUUGUAUCGGAAUUCGGGGGUCCCAGUGGGUAUAGCAUAUCCACAGCGUAGCACUGCUUCGAACAACAACAGUGCCAACUCCACGCCACCACCGGCACCUACACCAACCAAUACCGUGCAAACGGUCUACCACUGCGAAAUCGAACCCGUUCAGCUGACACAUGGCAUGCAAAUAGCAAUGGGCCUGAAGGAUCGCGCCAAAAAAGCGAAGGAUCUCAAGAAUGCGUGGAAGAAAUUCGUCAGCAUGGCUGCGUCCAAGUUCAGUCCCACACACAGUCCGGCGCCGCCGUAUGACAAGAAACCGCCCAGCUUUCUGGAGGUGCUUGACCGCGACGAGGGCAUAUCCUCGCUCAUCGACGAGCAUCCACGCGUCUCGACGCCCAAGAGCACCUAUUCGGCACCUGCCUCGCAAAAUUACUAUGAACAACGCUUCGGGCCACGCCCACAGGAAAUGGAUAGCGGUUAUAUGAGCGCCGACUCCGGUGAGGUGUACAAGCGCAGCUUCUAUGAUCGCUACAAUUUCAAGAAGAUAUCCGGUCGAGAACGCAUUAUACGCGUAGAUACAAUCGAAGACAACUCAGAUGGUGGCAGCACACUAACCGAUCGCCAUAAUGGUAUGGCGGCGUCAGAGCGACGUGGCAAUAUUUUGGAUAGUAAUCGUUUUGAGGAUUUCGAACAUAUGGGUGAACCGCCGGAGAAUGAGAUAGCGGCAAUAAGAAACGAACCACUGGAGGCAGAAAUAAGCGAUGCUGACUCAGACAAAACGCUGACGCAAUCAAGUGGUGGGCGUGGCACAACGCGCGAUGCAGACGCCUCAAAUGUAUACUCGUCCGAAGAGGAGGAACAGCAGGGACGUGGAAAAAGCCCAUCAUAUGGAUCUUCAGAGACCGAUGGCGAAACGAAUGCGGAAGAUAUGUGGGAAUCGGGUGCAGAGAGCAUCGAAACACAUUCGGUGCUGUACAAAAACGUGCGAAAGAGUUGAGUGAGCUCGU